GAUAUGAUGACCAAAAGAGCUGCCAUUUCUCUGUGAUCACUUUUCUUCUCUCUUCUCCAUUGUCUCUCCUCCUCUUGUUCACUCCAAAGCCAACUCCUUUAUGCUACAAUUCACCGUAGAGAAGCCAGUUAGAGAGGCAUGGGAUCUGAGGCCGAGCCAGAGUCACCAAAGCUACCCUUGUUCUCCAUAUCACACAUACAGUCAAAUGAGCCUUCUGGGUACCUAACCCCACCCUUCUACAGUUCAGUUUCAGUUCCAUUCAGAUGGGAAGAAGAGCCAGGGAAGCCAAGGCCUUGCACAGACCUUGCAACCAUACCAAACCCAGUUGACUUGUCCCCAAAGUGCUUGGAACUCCCUCCAAGGCUGUUGCUUGAGACCAAACUGCUCUCACCCACCACAGUGUUGGAGGGUCCUUAUGUGGGCAGGUCAAGGUUUCAGUCCUCUUCUUUUAGGAUUGUGGGGAGGGAUUGUUAUGGCUCUUUUAGCCCUGAUCAUGAGAUAUCAGAUCAGCUUGGUGCUUUGGUCUUGAGCAAGAAUGGGGUUAAUGAAAGAGGGUGGUUUGAUUCAUGGGGGAGGAGGGUCUUGAAGGGUAAAAGAGAGGCAGGUGGGGCUAAUUAUGUCUUGCCAUCUUCUGUAGAUGGAGAGAGUGAUGGUGGUGGUGGUGGCAGUGUUGGAGAGAGUAGCAGCUUCAGUGUGAAGAACACAAGGCAUAGAAGGGCUAGGAGCUUUUCCAAUAUCUCUCAUUCAAAGCCUCAUUUCUGGGCAACUAUUUACCAAGGUUUGAAGCAGGUGGUUCCAUGGAAGAGUAGGAAAUCAAAGCAAGAUGGGAUUGUGAUGUAGAACUCUGGACACCGUAGUAUGUGUUCCAUGUUAUUUAACUCCUAUCAACUGUUGUAGUGCUGUAAUAUUAUUUAUGUGAAACCAAAACAACACCGAGUCCGGAAAUGUGGGUGGACUUUGUAUUCAGUUACUCAGUUAGUCCCCAUAGGGACAUUUGAAAUGAAUGCGUUUUGGAGAAA